AUGGCAGGCAGCACAAUCCCCGUGCUGGCUUUCAGCGUGCUCGUGCUACUUGCCGGGUACAAGUUCAUCUACGCACCGCUAUUCCAGCACCCGCUCAGUCACAUUCCGUCGGCGCACUGGUCGAUCCCCAUCUUCGGCGACGUCUGGAUCACCUGGCAGCGCUACAAGGAACGCAACAACGCCGUGACCUUUGCGGCGCAUCGCAAGCACGGCAGUGUCGUGCGCAUGGCAGCAAAUGAGCUGGCGGUCGAUUGCGUCGAUAACGGCAUUCGUACUAUCUAUGCCGGUGGUUGGGAGAAGCAUGCCUGGUAUCCCCAGCGUUUUGCGAGUUAUGGUGUCAUGAAUAUGUUCUCUACCAUUCACCACCUUCCGCAUUCGCAGAAAAAGCGCACCAUCGCCAAUGUAUACAGUAAAUCAUACAUAGCGUCGUCGCCACAAGUCGCAGCCAACAGUCACGUUCUCUUCUCCCAGCGCUUCCUGCCACUGCUGGACCAGUACUCCAAAACCGGGGAAGCCGUCGACGUGCACGACCUGAACAACGCCAUGGCCAUGGAUUUCAUGUCGGCAUUCCAAUUCGGACUAUCAUCGUCAACCAACUUCACACAAGACGUCGCCAAGCGAAAGGAGAUCAUGCACCAUUACCACUGCCGGCGGGAAUUCGAGUUCUUCUCCGCCGAGCUACCCUGGGUUAAGACUUUGACCAAAAGACUCGGUAUUCCCGUCGUGCCGGACUUUUUCGACGUGGCGAAUCUGACCAUUGAGGAUUGGAAUGCCGACAUGUGCCGUAGCGCGGAUGACUACGUCGCUAAGCAAGGUAGUAUCGCUUCGCCCUUUCCUGGCGAUGAGCCUGUUGUGUAUAAUCAGUUCAAAUCUGGAAUGCUGAAGUUGCGAGCGAAAGAUGGAGCUGCCGGUAAAGCACUUUCGAGCGAGCAAUUGAUUCUCCCCACGACUCGACAUGAUGCACUGGACAAGGGUGGUGUGGACAAUGCAGACGACACCACCACGGCAGAGAUAUAUAGCGAUAUGCUGGAUCAACUCGGCGCAGGGCAUGAGACGUCCGCCAUCGCCCUGACUUACCUAUAUUGGGAGAUGAGCCAGCGACCAGAAUUGAUGAAAGCCCUGCGCAAAGAACUUCUCACGUUGACACCACCAAUUCAAUGGCCCCUGCCAACGGGCUUUGACUUGAAGGACUUUAACCUACCCAACCCCAAGCAGAUCGAUGCACUUCCGCUUCUCAAUGCCAUUGUUAUGGAGACCUUACGUCUACACACCCCAAUUCCAGGAAUUGAGCCUCGCAUCUCGCCAUACAUUGCUGGUGGAAGCACUCUGGGUGAGUAUUCUAAUAUACCGGGCGGUGUUCGCGUCUCGGCCAUGCCCUAUACACUGCACCGCAACGAGGAGGUAUUUCCUCAGCCCAAUUCUUUCAAUCCGUCCCGCUGGCUACCUGAGCAUACCUCGGAGGAACAGCUGAAGGAGAUGAACCGCUGGUUUUGGGCCUUUGGGUCUGGUGGUCGUAUGUGCAUAGGAAGCCAUCUGGCUACACAGGAAAUCAAACUUCUCGUGGCUGCGAUAUACUCGAAUUGGACGACAGAGGUUAUCGAUGAUGAGGGGAUCGAGGAGAUUGAUGCUUACACUACCAGGCCGAAGAGUAAUCGCCUGAUGUUGAGGUUCGCGCAUGUAUGA